CAAACAUUGGGUCAACAACAGGCCGGAAUUUUGUUUCAAUGAGGGAUUAUUAUGCAUACAAAUUACAAAUAAGAGAAAAUGAUGAGUCGUGCUUACUAAAUUUUGGCAGAUUAUUUCAGCAAUAUAUAGUUGAUAUGUAUGUUAAGAUUGAAUCUCAAAGGUUGGACUUUUUUAGAAAACAACAAGCUGAAAUUAGACAAGAAUUCUUGCAAGGCAUACAAGACUGUUUAGCAGCAGGAGAAACAAAUGCAUCAAAAAUUGGCCAACGAGUCUUUUUACCAGCAAGUUUUAUAGGAGGACCAAGGAAUAUGAAAAAGCGAUAUUUAGAUGCAAUGACAUUAGUGCAGAGGUUUGGGAAACCUGACAUUUUUUUGACUAUGACAUGUAAUCCCAAUUGGCCUGAGAUAAAAGAUUUUUUAAAAGAAAACGAAGAAUCACAAAAUAGGCCUGACUUAGUCGCUAGAGUAUUCCGUGCAAAAUUUGAAGAACUAAAAAAGGAUAUUCUAAAAAUAAAUAUUUUCGGAGAAGUAGUGGCAUACACAUACGUAAUAGAAUUUCAAAAAAGAGGCUUACCUCAUGCUCACAUGUUAAUUAUACUAGCAAACAAGAAUAAAUUGUAUAAGCCUGAAGAAUUUGAUAAAAUUGUUAGUGCUGAAAUACCAGACAAAAGAUUAAAUACACAUUUAUAUAACAUGGUCAAAAAACACAUGAUGCAUGGGCCUUGUGGAGAUUUAAAUCCGAAUAAUUCGUGCAUGAAUGCAAAAAAUAAGUGUCGAUUUAAUUAUCCAAAACAAUUUUCAGAGUUCACCAUGCAAGGUAAUAAUUCAUAUCCAAAAUAUCAAAGGCGAGAUAAUAAUGUGAAGAUAAAAGUAAGAGGUUGCAAACUAGACAACAGAUGGGUCGUGCCUUAUAGCCCGUACUUACUUGCAAAGUUUAAUUGUCAUAUAAAUGUGGAAAUUUGUUCUUCUAUACGAGCUGUUAAAUAUAUUUAUAAGUAUAUUUGUAAAGGCCAUGACAAAAUUGCAUUUCAUGUAGAUACAUCCAACCAAAAUGCACAAAUUGAUGAGAUAGAACAAUUUAGAACAGCACGUUGGGUUUCUCCACCUGAAGCUGCAUGGAGGAUAUAUAGAUUCCCAAUAAGCGAGACAAAACCUGCUGUUAUUAAUUUACCAGUUCAUUUAGAAAAUUAUCAAACGAUCAGUUACAGAAAAAGAGACAGACUAGACAGAAUUGCAAAUAAUCCAAGGAACCAUAAAACUAUGUUAACAGAAUUUUUUUUCAUGAAUAGAACUGACCCGUUUGCCAAAAAAUUAAAUUUGACAUACAUAGAAUUUCCAGAAUAUUUUGUGUGGCUGACAGAUGAAAAGAAAUGGAAAAUAAGAGAAGGGAAAGAUUCUAUAGCUAGAAUAGUAACUGUACACCCAAACGAAGGCGAACGAUAUUACCUUAAACUUCUUCUCCUGCAUGUUAGAGGCCCAAAAUCUUAUAAACACAUAAAGUCGUUUAAUAACAUAAUUGCUAAAUCAUAUCAUGAAGCCGCGCUUGCAAGAGGUUUGCUUCAAGAUGAUAACACCCAAGAACUAUGUCUAGAAGAAGCAUCGCUUUUCAAAAUGCCAUAUGAAAUGAGGCGACUUUUUGCAAAUCUACUUGUUUAUUCAUGUCCUAACAAACCAGCCGAUUUAUUUACAAAAUUUGAAGAAGCCAUGUCAGAAGAUUUUGUAAGACAUUCAAAUUUAAGUAAAACAGAUAUUAAAAGAAAGGUCUUAGAACAAAUAAAUGGUUUUCUAGAAUCGAUGGGCAAAAAUAUCCAUACAUUCAAUAUAUUGCCUCCGGAUAUACUUAUUAACGCUGAAGAAAACAAUAGAGAAAUAACAGUAGAGAAAAAUAUUGUCGUUGCUCAAGAAGACUUAAAUGCUAUUAACACACUUAACCAAGAGCAAAAAAUGGCUUUCACUAUAAUACAACAACGUGUCUACA